CCAGGAUACCGCCCUAGUCCAUUUCUCUCCCGGCCAAAGAAGUUCCUCCUAGCUUCCGUCUUCGUCGUCCCAUUAUGCAGCUACAUAUGGCUCCGGCGGCUCGAAGCCAACUCCAGAGAACAAACAAGGCUCCUUGAGGAAGAAGGACGCCGGAACUGGAUCCAAGCCGAGCGAGACCGCUCUGGGCGCAGGGACUUGAGUGUCCCCGUGGGAAGAAGUGGCGGUGGCGUCUAG